CAGCAGUAACAGAAGACAAAAAAAAAACACAGUGCACUGGGGCUCUGGUGGAUUUGGAUUACAGCACUCAGGAGUAUAUCAACCUGCCACUGUGGAGAACAAGAGGCACAGGAAGAGGUCUGUUGCAUCAUUUUUUUUUACAAGAAAUAUCCACAUUGGAUACCCUCAGAGGGAAGGAGUAUUUAUAACACAGAGUCUCACUGAAGCUGCUCUGUGCUGCGUGAAAACUGUCUGAGGAGGAUCUGAAGAAUUCAUCCAACUGAGGAGUGGCGUAAGAAAGCUGCAGUCUCUCCACUUUAUCUACCUGGGAUCCUACAGGUUGCUCUCAAGCUCUCAAGUUUUUCAAACAUGACCACCAUGCAGAAGCUGCUGCAGCUGCCGGUGAACGCGGUGAACAUCGUGAAGACGGUGCAGAGUCAGGUCCAAGGCCAGGAGGAGGACAAGAGCCCCGUGCUGACCCCUGACAGCGGGCAGCAGGCCUGGUACAGUGCCCUGCAGCCCGACGAGCUGCGCCACCUCCGAUCUGGGGGUACAGGAGGAGGAGGAGGCGGAGGUGGAGGAGGAGGCGGUGGAGACAAUGAGGAGCGAGCACUAUCGGAGGAAGGUGGUGGAGUCGGUGGCAGUUUCCAAACUCAACCUUUGCGACAUGACGACUUGAAGGAGAUGCUGGACAGCAACAAAGACUCGCUGAAGCUGGAGGCAAUGAAGCGCAUCGUGGCUAUGAUCGCCCGAGGUAAAAAUGCAUCAGAUCUCUUCCCUGCUGUGGUGAAAAAUGUGGCCUGCAAAAACAUUGAGGUGAAGAAGCUGGUCUAUGUUUACUUGGUGCGAUAUGCCGAGGAGCAGCAGGAUCUCGCUCUGCUCUCCAUUUCCACUUUUCAGCGAGGGCUGAAGGAUCCGAACCAGCUGAUCAGAGCCAGCGCUCUGCGAGUCCUCUCCAGCAUCCGAGUCACCAUCAUCGUCCCCAUAAUGAUGUUGGCCAUCAAAGAGGCUGCCUCUGAUAUGUCUCCAUACGUCAGGAAGACGGCUGCUCACGCAAUUCCUAAACUCUACAGUUUGGAUCCAGAACAAAAGGACCAGCUGAUUGAAGUCAUAGAGAAACUCCUCGCUGAUAAAACCACGCUGGUGGCAGGAAGCGUUGUCAUGGCUUUCGAGGAGGUGUGUCCGGAGCGCAUUGACCUGAUCCACAAGAACUACAGGAAGCUGUGUAACCUCCUGAUCGACGUGGAGGAGUGGGGGCAGGUCGUCAUCAUCAACAUGCUGACUCGCUACGCCAGGACCCAGUUCCUCAACCCAAACAUGAAUGAGUCCCUACUGGAGGAGGGAAGCGACAAGACCUUCUACGGCUCAGAUGAAGAUGAGGACGAGGACGAGGAGGAGAAAGAAAAGAAGGCAGAGGCGACCACCAUGGCCAAGAGGAAGCCGUAUGUGAUGGAUCCAGACCACCGGCUGCUGCUGAGGAACACCAAGCCGCUCCUGCAGAGCCGCAACGCAGCUGUGGUGAUGGCUGUGGCCCAGCUGUAUUUCCAUCUUGCCCCUAAAGCAGAAGUUGGGGUGAUCGCCAAGGCCCUGGUCCGUCUCCUAAGGAGUCACAGUGAGGUCCAGUAUGUCGUACUUCAGAACGUGGCAACAAUGACGAUUAAGAGAAGGGGAAUGUUUGAACCGUACCUGAAGAGUUUCUACAUCCGCUCCACAGACCCGACCCAGAUAAAAGUCCUCAAGCUGGAGGUUCUCACCAAUCUGGCCAAUGAGACGAACAUUUCCACCAUCCUCAGAGAGUUUCAGACGUACAUUAAAAGCAUGGAUAAAGACUUUGUGGCCGCCACGAUCCAAGCCAUCGGCCGCUGUGCUACUAAUAUCGGUGAGGUGAGGGACACGUGUCUGAACGGCCUGGUGCAGCUGCUGUCCAACCGAGACGAGCUGGUUGUAGCUGAGUCUGUGGUGGUUAUUAAGAAGCUGCUGCAGAUGCAACCAGAGAAGCACAGUGACAUCAUAAAGCACAUGGCGAAACUAACAGACAACAUCCAGGUGCCGAUGGCGCGGGCCAGCAUCUUGUGGCUGAUUGGAGAAUAUUGUGAGCAUGUACCAAAGAUUGCCCCAGAUGUCCUGAGGAAGAUGGCUAAGUCGUUCACCUGUGAAGAGGACAUUGUCAAGUUACAAAUCAUCAAUUUGGCUGCCAAGCUUUAUCUCACCAACUCUAAACAGACCAAACUGUUGACGCAGUACGUUCUCAAUUUGGCCAAGUACGACCAGAACUAUGACAUCCGUGAUCGGGCACGCUUCAUCCGCCAGCUCAUCGUGCCCACCGAGAAGAGUGGAGCUCUCAGCAAGUACGCUAAGAAACUGUUCCUCGCCCUCAAGCCUGCACCGGUGCUCGAGUCUCCAUUUAAAGAUCGAGACCACUUCCAGUUGGGUUCAUUGUCCCACUUGCUGAAUGCCAAGGCUGGCGGCUACCAGGAGUUGCCUGACUGGCCUGAAGCCGCCCCAGACCCCUCCGUGCGCAACGUGGAGGUGAAGGAUUCUACAGAGGAAGUCAUAACCACCAGCGAGGGGCGGAUCGGCUUGCUAGGAGACUGGAGAGAGGUGCCUGAAUGGACCAAGUGCAGCAGCCGAGAGAAGAGGAAGGAGAAGAAAGUGGAGAAGCCGUUCUACUCUGACUCGGAGGGCGAGUCUGGGCCGACAGAGUCAGCUGACAGUGAGUCGGACUCUGCCAGCGGCUCUGAGAGUGGCAGUGGCAGCGAGGAGAGCGGGUCGGGAUCAGAGAGCGAAGAGAGCGAGGAAGGCUCCGAGUCUGAGGAAGAGGAGGAGGAUGAGGAGGAGGAGAAGGACAAGAAGAAGAAAAAGAAGGAAUUAAAGAAGCCGGUGCAAGAAAGUGAAAGCGAGCAGAGCAGUGAAGAAGAAGAAGAGAGGAAGCAUGACAGGAAGAGUAAACAACGUAAGAGCGACUCAGAGUCUGAAUCUGACGAUGAGGACGAGAGUGAGUCUGAAAGCAGCCAAUCAGAGUCCGAAGACUCUGAGUCUGAGACAGAGGUCAAAAAGAAAAAAAAGGCAGCUGAAUCAAAACCUCCAUCUAAACCUGUCAAGAAGGAGAGCAAGAAAGAGAAGAAAGAAAUGUCUCUGCUCGACCUCGAUGAUUUCGAACCUGCUCCCUCUCCUCAAGUCACACCCGUCAACACCUUCCUGUCCAACAGCCUUGUGACUGACCUGGAGGGACUGUCUCUGUCUGACGCUGUUCUCUCUCCAGCAACCAUCGCUCCCUCCAGUGCGCUGAAGAGCUACGAGCUGCUGCACCGGAUCACAGGGGAGGGUCUGUCGGUGGAGUACUGCUUCAGCCGACAGCCGUUCAGCCCCGACGGCAACAUGGUGGCGGUGCAGAUGCAGUUCACCAACAACGCCACCUCCGAGACCAAGAACCUGCACAUGGAGGACGUGAAGCUCCAGUCUGGGAUGAGGGUGAAAGAGUUUUCUGAGAUUGAGCUGCUGCCAGCAGGUGAAACAGCCACAGCCGUGAUGGGCAUCGAUUUCUGUGACUCAACACAAGCUGCAAACUUCCAGCUGUGCACUCACACCAGGAAAUUCUUCGUGUCGAUUCAGCCGCCGGUCGGGGAGCUGAUGAGGCCCGUCUUCCUGACAGAGAAUGAGUUUAAAAAGGAGCAAGGUCAGCUAAUGGGUAUGAACGAGAUCACGGAGAAGCUAACCCUGGAUGCAAAGUGCCGGAACGAACACGCUAUUGUCCAGAGGGUGACCACCGCUGCCAACCUCAGCAGAGUCCCCUGUGGGUCAGAUAAAGAGUGCAGUCCUCCUGUUCCUCCCCUUGAUCAUCCUGUCCACAGGUUCGCGGGCAGGACGGUGACCAGCAGCAGCCUGGUGUUGGUCACCGUGGCGACCAAAGAGGAAGGAGCCGCCCAGCUGACGGUCAACUGUGAGAAAAUGGUGAUCGGCACGAUGCUGGUGAAGGACAUCCUCCUGGCUCUGACGCAGUGACGUGUGACCUUUCUGCCCUCUGCCCCCCCCUCGCCCCAACACGCCUCUCACAUGUCGUCCAUCACACGUGUAGCAUCUCCUCCGUUCUCCUGUUAGCAGCGUCGGCGAGGAAGUUUCCAGAAUGUUUUAACUCCAGUUUGUUGUCUGUUCAGGAGCCCUCUACUUUUACAAAUUACUCCUUUAUUUACUGAAUGCCACAGUUGUACGUGAUAUUUACGACAAUCAGACAUGACCUGAUAUGAAGUCCCUCCCUGACAUGUCUUCAUCCAAAUAUAGAUAGGUUGGAACGUAUUUUUUCUUCCCAGAGCCGAUUUAUUGGACUUCAGUUUCUGAAUUAACCUAAAAAAAAACGAUUUGUGUAUCUUUUAAACUUGAAAUCUACUUAAAUGAAAAGCAGAAUUUGCUCAUUGUAUAAACAGGACCGGAGACAAGCUUGAAGGUUCAAACGUUUAUAGAACACAAGGUCCACUUACUUUAUGUUUUGAAGGCUUUCAACUACAGUUUGUGGUCUUCCUCUCGGCAGAUGGAGUGACUUGUUUGUUGUGGACUGAGACUGACUGAAGGCAAGGCGAGUUUAUCUGUAUAGCACCUUUUAACAACAGUGCAACUCAAAGUGCUUAAAGGGCAGGUCCAUUAUUUAUUUAGAGGGUUUCAGGGGCCGUUGUGAGCAUUUAUACUUGUGCGGUGGUGUGUCUGUGUCACUCUGCAGUUACACCUCCAGAACACUAGUCGGUGGUGGGGUUGUUUCUGUGAAGUGCUGUAAAGUUUAAUUGAUUGAAAACACACAUAGUACACAAAUCAGCUUCACUAUAACUCGCAGCAUUCACAGACAAACACUUGUCUUUAUCUGGACACAUUUUCCCCACAAAUACAACAUGCUAAUGUUUUUAGCACAAGCCUAUGGCAUUUUACAUUGUAUAAAUUAGCCUAGUGGCUAGCAGACUUUUCCUCUACUCAUAUAAAACCAGGGACAACAGCAACAUUUUCAGCUUACAGAAAUAAACAGGGGAUCUGCAUCGCCAUGACGUGUAGUUACAUUUCUGGGGAGGUGCACAUGAGGUUACUUAGUCAGUUGACGCUCACCUAAAUUUUUCUGGGAGUUUGUUCCAUAUAAUGUGACGCAGAGAAGUUAAUGAAUGCUGUUUAGUUUUGACUCUGGGAACAAGUAAGAAGAUCCAGCAGUUCAUUAUGUAGCAACAGAUCAGAGAUGUGUCACAGCAUCAACUGAGAGGACGUUAAAGUCUUGAUGACUCGGAGAAACAUAAAUGAGACCAUUCGCAUCCAAUGAUAACACUCCGAAAUAUGAACAGCUUCAUUAAUUCAAUGUUAUGUACUAAGGUUAUGUGAUAGAGACUCCAUCUGUUGAAGAAGGCCGUGAGAUUUGUUUCGAGUGUUUCAAACACACAGUGAGUGAACUUUGUGUUAAGAAUUAAUUCAUCAAAACAAAAAGGAGGUCUUUUCUUUCUCUUAAAAAAUAAUCCAGUUUUCACCCAUAAAAUUAAGUUUAUUUUAAAACGUUUUAGCUUGUUAGUUUUUAGCAAUCAGACUAUUUUAAGAUGUAGUUAAUAUAAGUAAUAGAUUACACUGUAGUACAAAUUCCCCCCAAAACACCACGAUAAAACUCAGACUGUCAGGUCAGUAAAUCACUCAUUCAGUUAUUUGAAGUACUUGAAUGUAGCACGAAGGCUCAACUGAGACAACGACUACCUAUAACUGAAUCAUUUUGGCACUAUAAAUCAAUAACUGCUCCGCCGGGGAUCAAAGACGGACCUUCAUCUCAAACUCGCCGUCAUAGUGCACAUGUUCAUCACAACAAGAGGGGCGUUUAUAAAAACUGAAGAUGUAUAAAUGUUACUGUAUGUAUUGCAACAUGUAAUACAGUACUGCUAUAAGUAAGUUGUGGUGUGUGUGUGUGUGUGUGUGUGUGAGUGUGUGAGUGUGUGUGGGUGUGAUGACACUGAAUACUGACCUGUCAAACAUUAAACCUGCUGAAUGACUCAAAGUGACACUCGACUUGAAAUCAUCAUGAAGCACAUAAAGAAAAUAACAUAUAGGAAAUAAAGAAACUGAGACAAGUGUUACAGGACACUAAGAUUUUCAACACUUUAAAUAUUACAUUAAAUUAUCGAUUUAGAGAUUUGCCUUGUUCAAAUUAUGGCAGAAUUGUAGAAAAUGAAAAUUAUUUCUAGGGUUUCAAUUAACACUGAUUUAUCAUUAUUAAAUAAUCCAUUAAUAUUUUCUUGAUUUUUCAUUGGUCCAUAAAAUGUGAGAAAAUAUCAGUUUCAAACGUCUUGUUUUGUACAACAGUUUCCAAAAUCCAAAUAUUGUCAGUUUAAUAUCACAGGAAAUUGAUUUAACACUCAUUCUUGAAAACUGGGACAAAACCUUAUUUUGUGCUUUUUGAUUUUUACGCUACAAUUAGGUUGGGAAAAAAAAUAUUUAAAAAGAUCAGUCUUGAUAAUUAAACCUUGUAAUGGGCCUUUUUUUCCCUCAAGUAGCAUACAUAACAAUAAUAACAAUAAUAAUAAUAAUACUUGAUUUGUAUAGCACUUUUCAAAACAGUUACAAAGUCCUUUAUGAGACAAAUAAAAUAGUGUACACCAUCAAAAUAAAAAUAUUGAACAUAGGCUAAGACCAGAUAAAUCAGUAUAUAAUAAAAAUAAAUAAAUAAUAAAAUUGAUUUAAAAAAAAAAAAAAAAAAAAAACUACACACAUGAUAGAUGUCAGAGGUCAGAUCUAAUGAGGCUGAUGUCUUAUGGAGUUGACAAAAAGUUAUAUAUUGUGAAUUUCACUGCAGUUGUAGCAAUAGCCAUUUAUUUUUCAAAGUUACCAAGAGUUCUCUUAAAGGUAGGAUCUGGAGGAUUUUCAAACAAAACAAAAUAUAGACAUAUACAAAUGAAAUCCUGCUUAAUCAUCACCUAUGGGCUUCUACUCAUGUGUGGUGGUGACUCUGUUUGCAGAGCUCCUGCCCUUUGACUGUAUUUUGAUGUUUUUGUGAGCUCGGACCGCUUCUGGGCGGAGAUUUCCCCAGCCAAUGAGAGAGCGCAGGUGCCGUGCCCGAGCGUGUCCGAGCGUGCACCAGCGCGAGCCUUGCCUGAACCUCUUCUGUGAAGCCUUUUCCCGGGCUCCGUACACCCGGGAGAGUUGAGCCUGAUAGGAGGGGCCGAAUUUGAAUGUGUGUUUACAAACAGCAACUGGAAAAUCCUCCAGACCCUACCUUUAAUGCUAAGCAAAAUACUCAUUUUCAAACUUUAAUUUGUAUUUAGUUUUGAUUUAGAGCAACUACAGAGUUAACAUGUUAUGGUUGAGACACACCUGACAGCAACUUUAUUUAAUUAAUGUAUCCUAAAAUAUUAAAGGGAUAUUGCACCCAAAAAUGA